CUCCUUUUUCUGUUCUCACACCCAGCAGCUCAGGUCAGUCACAGAAGAGUCAGCGAGCUGACGUGCUUUGGUUAUAGCUUCAAGCUUUCCCGGUUGAUUAUGAAAUUAGCCACCAUCAAUGAAGAACCACAAUACGACACACCACUGGGGAACUUCCACAGCCUUUCCACACCUUUUUCAAAGGUCGCUGACCCCUGAAAGAGGACUGAACCAGUUUGACUUUUGUUUGUUAAUGACACUGAACUUUAAUAUACUGGAUGAAAACUUUUAUCAAGUGAGGAGAUGGCCAAAGUGCACAGACUCUAUGUAGGAAUAGUAAUCGCUCUGACCUUAUGCAAAUACUGCCUGGCAGAGUGGAAUGCCACAGACGCGCCUCCCACUGGAACUGUGUCCGACUGUCAUCUCCAUGGCAACAGAGACAAUUGCACAGAAGACACAGUAGAUACUGGUCAGUCGAAUGGGCACUUCUCAAAAUGCCCAGAGGAACUUGAGUAUUACUGCAUCCAUGGGGAGUGUCGUUACAUAAAGGACCAGGAUGCACCGUCCUGCAGGUGUCAGAUCGGUUACAUUGGUUCCAGGUGUGAGUACCUAAAUCUGGAGGUGCAGAUACAAGGCAAACAGAGAAUCAUAAUUACCUGUGCCAUCGCAGGGCUUGUGCUAUUAAUUCUUCUUGUUGUUUUCAUCUGCAUCUGUUCACGUCGUAGGAGGAGAUUGCAAAGGGACAGACAAAGGGAGGAACCAAGGAAUGGGACGGAGAAGCUUGGCAUGAUGAUGGACAGCAAUGCAACAGGCUCAACUUUAAAGCCGGACUCAGCAGAGCAAGCCCUCACAAAUUCUGUAUGAGAACCUAGCUGAGGAACGUGUCUGGGAAUCUUUUAUACAUAAAAGAUGAUAGCUGUCACCUUCGCUUAAGCAGUCGGAGGUUUGUGAACGGCACCGAGGCAUUUAUGGAUAAAGUGCAUCUGUCGGUGCACUUUAUGGGAGUUUAUACAGUUCCUUUUAACACUCUUCAAAGAAGUGUGAGAGCAAAGAAGAUGCCGUCCAGGAUUUAUGAUAAAUAUCAGUCGGAGAGCUGUGUUUAGCUGCUGGUGUGCUGGCACGGGUGAUUUUUCCACUUCUGUGGAGGAACAGGCUCAUCUACCCUCUGACUAAGUGCUGCUGGGCUGCACCGCACUAAAUAAACUGUUGCUAUCCUGGAAAAGGCUGUGACACCAUUUGGCAGGCAGUGAUAACAGUUGAUCUGGCUGACCAGAUAGUGCCCUUCGUGGGCGACACAUGGACACUAAGACAUGGAAGAAAAAGGACUGCAUGAAGAUACGGCACUCCAUAAACUCCCGUCAUGUGAACAAACCAUUAGAUCUAUAGAAAUCCUCAAGAGUACUGCCAGCUGCUGUUUUAGUAGCUUUGUGUCAUUUUUGUAUUGCUCCUAUUUGUUUAAGGCUGGUUUUGCUUUAGUGUCACGUCACAAGAUCAGAGUGUUUAUUGCACAGGCACCAGUAAAAUCAACAGUUAUCACGUAUUCAGCAAUCCACAGAAAUGAACUAACACCGAAUAUUGUUACUCAGAAACAUUAGCAAUGCAAGAAAAGCAUGUAUAAUUACACACACACACACACACACACACACACACACACACACACAUAUAUAUAUAUACAGUAUGUAUAAAAUGAGGUUCUGGAUUCUCCUGGUUUGGAGGAGGACAAGGAGAACUUGUGCUGAAGGCUGUUUUGAUCUGUAUAUUUGGAGCCGAGCAGCCUCUGAGCUACAGAGGCUGAACAGCUGAGCCUGUGUGUGGAGGCUUGGCUUAACUAAAAGCGCUCCACUGUAUGAGACAGUUUCCAAACUUGCUAGCCUUUCACUUUGGGGUUUUAAUGUGUAUCUGUAUGUGUAUGAGCUCUAAAUGCAGUCUGAAGAGAGUGAGGACAAAGUCAGAGAAGCUUGUUCUCAUGUUUAUAUGUCACCUGUCAGUAAAUGUGCCUCCUACGUG